AUGAACAACCUACUAACCGAUUCCUUUGAGCUUCCCCCGUGGGAUUCCUCAAGAGAUUGGGGGGAUGUUGAAAUGGGGAUGCAUCAGCCCGGCGCCUCUGAUAAUUUAAAAGGCUUCUUCAAGAAGGUUCAUGGAAUCAAGAGCCUAAUAGCUAAGCUGACGAGUCUCUUGACUAAGCUCCAGACUGCAAAUGAGGAAUCAAAAGCAGUUACAAAAGCAAGCGCCAUGAAAGCAAUUAAGAAGCAAAUGGAGAAAGAUAUUGAUGCAGUGAUGAAAAUUGCUCGUAUGGCAAAAACAAAAAUUGAUGAACUGGAAAAAGAUAACUUAUCCAACACGGAGAAACCUGGAUGUGGGAAGGGCUCUGCGGUAGAUCAAUUAAGGGAACAGACUACUGGAGCAGUGAAAAAGAAGUUAAAGAAACGGAUGGACGAUUUUCAGGUAUUGAGAGAAUCAAUCCGGCAGGAGUACCGGGAAGUUGUUGAAAGAAGGGUAUUUAUUGUAACUGGUAAUCGCCCUGAUGAACAGACAAUUGAUGAUUUAAUCGAGACAGGGAGAAGCAAGCAAAUUUUCAAAGAUGCGGUUCAACAGCAGGGGAGAGGCCGGAUACUGGAUACUGUUGCUGAGAUACAAGAGCGGCAUGAUGCUGUAAGAGAUCUAGAGAGAAAGCUUGUGGAGUUGCAGCAGAUAGUCCUGGAUACGGCAGUAUUGGUUGACGCUCAAGGAGACAUGACGGACGACAUAGCGAAACAUGUUUCAAAAGCUACCAACUACGUACAGGAAGGUGUGGAAGCUCUCCAGAAGGCAAAGAAGCUUCAGAAGAACUCGAGAAUGUGCAUGUGCUCCGCCAUAAUAGUUCUCCUGCUGAUACUGGUUAUCGUCGUGCUGGUGGUUAUCAAGCCAGGGAAGAAGAAACUCUUGAGCACGACCUGA